AUGUUACCAAGAGCUAGGACGGUGGUCCUCGCUCUGGCACUAGUAUCGGAGUCCUUAUGCUCAUCAAAACAAUUGCAACAAUCGUCAGUGCUCUCCGAUAUUGAGUUGCAAUGUCCAGAAGGAUGGAAUCGACUGAGUCAAAAAUGCUUCAAAACGUAUCACCUGGAGAAAAGCUGGCCACAGGCGUUGCACACCUGUUCGAGGUAUGGCGCUAAUCUAGCACGAAUCGAAACACCGCGCGAGAACAAAUUUGUUGCAUCUCUUCUCUCUAGGCCAGGCAAAUCCAUGCAACAAGAAGCUUGGAUAGGUCUAGUUUCUCAACAACAAGAAGAUGAUGCCGUCUUCGUCUGGAGCGAUGGCAUACCUGCUAGCAGAUACGUCGGCUUUUGGAAGGAUUCCGAACCCGACUACAAAUCCGGAAGCUGCGCCAUGAAAAUUAACGGUAUUGAGUACAGUAGAGAAUCUGAAAUUCAGGCAACAGUGUCGAGAACUCAACUGGAAUGGAGUCUUGAACGGUGCAAUAUUCUACGGCCGUUUAUCUGCGAAAUACCUGCUUGUGUAAAAGGUUCUUUUUUCUGUGCCAUUGGUGGAUGCGUCCCGGAGUCACGACGAUGCAACGGUGUAAACGAUUGCGGCGAUUUCAGCGAUGAGCUGAAUUGUCCGGCAUCCCAUGUCGAUCUGGCAUGUUUGCAAUAUGAAAAGGGCGAGUCUGGCAAAUUUUCGACUCCUAAUUAUCCAGCUUCAUACAAAGGGAACUCCAACUGCCGAUGGGUGAUCGAGGCACCGAUUAGUAGUCGAAUUCAGCUUACUUUCGACUACUUCGAAACGGAAGAAUUUUUCGAUAUAGUCACUGUACUUGAUGGUGGUCCCGCCGAAAAUAGCACAACUGUGAUCGCUACGCUUUCUGGCACUAGAAGUGAGAAAUUCGACUUGAUAUCUUCGACAAACAUGAUUAUCGUCCGAUUUAGAAGUGAUGCUGCUGUGCAAGCGCGUGGAUUUCAGGCGCAUUGGAGAGCAAUUCCUUUCUCGUGUGGGGGUUUGUUGACAGCGCAGGCUUAUGGACAGACGUUUUCGUCCCCACAUUACCCAUCGGAGUAUCCAUCCGGCACUGAAUGUGUCUGGAUAGUUCAAGCACCGAAGCAGCAGCUCAUCACUCUAAAUAUCGAGGACAUCUCACUCUCUUCCGACGAUGCUGUUUUGAUCUAUGACGGUCCUUCCCCAACAUCAGCCGUCUUGGCAAGGCUUUCCGGAAAUAGCUCUAUCGCUGACUACCUUGUGAGCACACAGAGCAGUCUCUAUGUCUACUUCUUAUCUAACGUCAAAGGACAGGGACGUGGAUUCUCAAUAGGUUACAAACGAGGUUGUGACGUUGUACUACAGCAGUCGUGGGGCAAUUUGUUGUCCCCUGGGAGUACCCGAGUACAAUAUCCACCUGGAGUGCAAUGCACAUACACCAUGGAAUUGCCUGAUGGACACUCUGAUCAACCAAUUAGCAUGCAUUUCAACAAAUUUGACAUCGCUGCUGACGAUUACAUUAAGGUGUUCGAAGGUUCAGCGAAAGGACGAGCUCUUCACGAAGGAUCUGGCUUUAAUAACGACCAACGUCCUCCACAACAGUUGGUUUCACGGCUUGGAAGAGCCCAACUCGUCAUGCAGACUAACGCUGUGAGGCAAGCGAUGGGAUUUAACCUCACAUUUUCGCUGAGUAUGUCUUGCAACAUUUUGGACAGUAUCGUAACCCUACCCUACGUGUUCAAAUUUAUAAAUUGCCCAGUGUUGAAAACCCCACCACUAGUUGCACUGUCAACAAAAGCUACGACUUACGGUUCUAAGAUAAUGUUUGAUGAAGUCGAAGCAAAAAUUCGAAACAAAGCCACUAAACCACAGUACUUGAAUAAGGUGACCGUAUCUUGUCCGCCUGGAUUUGAAUUUGCAUCCGGACGUGGACGAACCUUUGACGUGAGCUGCAAACUUGGUGGCAAGUGGACAGAAGAUGUACUGCCUAAUUGUCAACCGGUCUACUGCUCUGCUGUACCACAAAUUGCAAACGGGUUCGCAGAAUCAGCCUCGAACGUUUCUUUUGGUGGAAUCGCAAAGUAUUCAUGUUAUGAAGGAUUUGCCUUUGCCAGCACUAACACCAUAGAAGAGAUUCGUUGCGGUAUCGACGGCAACUGGAGUACAGCACCAAGCUGCAGAGCGGCUGUGUGCCCAGCCCUACCAACGUUCGCAAAUGGAGAUCGCCAUCUUGAAUUUGGUGAUGGAACAGGUUACGGUACUGUAUUUCGUUUCGAUUGCCGGCCAGGAUAUCGACGCGAAGGUGCUGCUACUCUGUUGUGCAAAUCGGGCGGGCAAUGGUCUUUCGAGCAGCCAAAGUGCACAAAAUUAACCUGUUCUUUUAUCCCACGGAUUAGCAACGGACGUUUAAGUCUUCCUCAGCCAUUCCAGUUCGGUGAUGUGGCCAGGGUACACUGUGAUGCUGGCUUCCACGUAGAUGGGCCUGAGGAGGUGAAGUGUUUGGCAAAUCAGACUCUCUCUACCGUCCCUUCAUGUCGUGAUGUUGACGAAUGCGAGGAGGGAUUGGCUCAGUGCCAAGACGCAUCCACUAGAUGUGUGAACUUACCAGGAGGAUACAUGUGUCAGUGCUUGGAUGGAUUCCAACCGCACUUAGUGUGUCCGACUCCAUCGGUUUUGCCGAUCUCGACUCUGAUGGCGUCAUCUGAAUCUAUAUUGCCUUCUGCGUUUUCAACGUCUGGCUGGUGCGCCAGUAAAUCGGACGCUCAGAAAUCAAUCACGCUACACUUUACAGUCGCCAAAGUUAUCGAAAAGAUCAGGUUUGAAAAGACGACUAAAGGAGAAGUCACCUCCAUCCACAUUCGAUACAGCGAAGAGGAAACCAAAUCUCUGAGAGAGUUAUCGAUUGAUGGCAAGAAUGAGUUCCCCGUAAAUAGCGGGUCAACUUCAGGAAGUGACGUUUUCGACCUACCGUACACCAUUGAAUCCCGUAUCGUUGAGAUUACUGUGGUGUCGUUCAAGAAUGAAGCAUGUAUGAAAGUAGAACUGUUAGGCUGUCAGAAAUCCUCCUGCUCGGAUGUGAAUGAAUGCAUGACUGAAAAUGGGCACUGCGAUCAGAUUUGUGUGAACAAACAAGGUUCCUACAAGUGUGCGUGUCGUGAAGGAUUUGACCUAUUUGUUGAAAACGGCCAGCAAGAAGUAUUUUUGGAAGAAGGUGAAACAGGAGAGCAUCCAAUGGACGUAAUCAAGUUCAACAAAACGUGCAUUCCGCGAUCAUGCCCAUUUAUCCACUCUCCCGAUAAUGGGAAAUUGCUGAGCACUUUGAAAAGGUUUAACUAUCCCGUGGUGGUUCAGUUCCAGUGCAAUUUUGGCUACCAAAUGAUGGGACCAGAUUUCUUACAGUGUCUGUCUGACGGAUCAUGGAAUGGGACGGCACCGUACUGUCUGCCGGCUACUUGCCAGGGGCUGAAGAACAAUUCAGCGAUUGGCUUAUUUGUAUCGCCUGAGAAUAGCACUAUUGGUUAUGGGCAGAACGUUUCUAUUGUUUGUACCCAGCAAAAUAGGCCAGCUCGAACCUCUCCUUUGUCUUCAUUCCGCGAAUGCGUAUUCGACCCUCAGUCAGAUGGACGCGAAUACUGGCUGUCUGGACCAGCGGUUGAUUGCCCGUUUGUGGAUUGUGGACCGCCGCCGGUGUUGGCUGGUGCUAUUUACGAAGGCGAUCAUAAAAGUUACAAGGUUGGGUCUACUCUCAUCUUUACUUGUCGUCCACCCUAUUCGCUCGUAGGUAAAUCCUCGGCUGGUGACCAAAGCGUCAAAUGUGGAGUGGAUGCCUCAUGGGACCUUGGAGAUCUUCGUUGCGAGGGACCAGUCUGUGUAGAUCCAGGGUUUCCCGACGAUGGCUCAAUAGAGUUAGAUAGCGUCGAAGAAGGAGCAGUAGCGAAAUUCUCAUGCAAUAGACCAGGAUUUCGUCCAUUUCCAUCAUCAUCUAUACAGUGCAGUUUGGGGGCAGCUUGCGUGCUCAGCGAAGACGUAGGCAUCUCCUCUGGGUUCAUUCCGGAUGGAGCGUUCGCAGACAACUCGGAUAGCACUAACUGGGGCUACGAGCCGCACAAGGCAAGGCUGUCUUCAACUGGCUGGUGUGGAUCCAAAGAUGCCUUUAUUUUCCUCAGCGUGGAUCUGCAGAGAAUUUAUACCUUAACCACGCUUCGCAUGGCGGGGGUUGCUGGAAGUGGAUACCUGAGAGGUCAUGUAACUAAGAUGCAGUUGUUCUAUAAGACCCAAUUCAGCCACAAUUACGAUACUUAUCCUGUGGAAUUCGAAACACCGUCUGGAAAUCACAACGCAAUGCAUCAGUUCGAAUUGACACCUUCUUUACGUGCGCGCUACAUUCUGCUAGGAGUAGCAGAAUAUGAAGGAAAUCCUUGCAUUCGAUUCGAUCUACUAGGAUGUCUAGCGCCUAUGACAGUUUCCCAUGAGGUUCCAGCUCAUCUCCAGGUUGGCUGGAAUGGUUCAGUGCCGCAGUGCAUAGAUGCGGAGCCACCAUCGUUUCUCAACUGUCCUACAAGUCCCAUAUUUGCCGAAACAGACGAGAAUGGGCAAAUCAAGCCGAUUCAGUACGAGGAACCUAAAGCUGAGGAUAACAGCGGAAGGGUAGCACAUAUGCGAGUGGAGCCGUCUGGAUUCACACCAGGACGUCUAAUCAGCUCAGAUAUUGAUGUUGUAUAUACCGUUUUUGAUGAUGCAGGCAAUGCCGCGGAUUGUGUAGUGAAACUAAAAAUUCCUGAUACGAUUCCUCCUGUGAUGAAAUGUCCAGAUUCUUACGGUCUAUCGGCGUAUGAGCCAUCUAUGCGGGCUAUAUUUAAUCUUACUACUGUUCCUAUGGUUAUCCAGGAUGUGUCGAAUAUCACUGAGGUGAUAUUUACUCCUUCCGAAGCUGUUCUGGAAAUAGGAGAUUUUGUUGAAAUUGAAGUUACUGCUACUGACGCCCUGGCAAACCGAAAUCAGUGCAAAUUCCAAGUUGCUUAUGUUUCCGAACCAUGCUCAGCUGAGUCUCUGUCUACUGCAGAGCACGUUGUGAAGACAUGCACGAAGAAAGAUGAUAUAAUGGCUUGCACUGUGGCUUGCGAGAAAGGAUACAGAUUUGUCGAUAUUGAUAAGGUUGCGAAAGAAUUCAGUUGCGAAUCGGGAAGCUGGUCCCCUUCAGGAAAUGCUCCAGCCUGUGUCCUUAUUUCAAGAGAACCGGCACGAUAUGAGUUGAACGUGGCUGUAAGUUAUCCCAGCUCAUCACCUGCUCCAGAGCAUUGUCUAAAGGGCUACGCAACUCUCGCUGCUGCUUCCUUUGAUUCGUUAGACGAAGUGCUAAGUCAACGGUGCUCUAGUUCGGUGCAGGUGUUUGUGCGCUUCUUGGAUGCAGAAUUUACCAAUGAAAAAGGAACUAUCAGCGGCAACUACACCGUCCAAAUUCUUCCCACUGUCCUUCAAAAUGUCUUCUACGAUCUGUGUGGACUCACGCUUAGGACGAUAUUUGAUCUAAGGAUACCAGGUGCUACGACUCCAAUACGCAGCCUUCUUGCCCUAAGCGGUGAGUCAAUCCCAUCUCAAGGCAUCGGCUGUCCUCAACUGACCGCUUCCAAAUCAACCAUAACGCAAGGAUUUGGGUGUAUUGAUGGUGAGGUUUUACGACAGGGCAAUGAUCAACUACCAGAGUGUUUGCCAUGCCCUGUUGGAUCUGUGAAUGUGAAUAACACUUGUGUACGAUGUCCACUUGGAUCGUACCAGGAUGAACCUGGACAAUUAGCCUGCAAAGCAUGCCCUGAGGGCACGUAUACGCAAUACGAUGGAGCUCUUUCUCGAAAAAGUUGCCUAACUGUGUGUGGCAAUGGGAUGUACAGUGCGACCGGUCUAGUACCGUGCCAGCUUUGUCCUCGUCAUACGUUCUCGGGACCACCCAGUGCUGGUGGAUUCAAGAAAUGUACGGCUUGUCCAUCCGGCACUUAUACUGCUAGACUUGGCUCGGGUGGUCCUUCACAAUGUAAACAGCCUUGCCAAGCAGGAACGUUUAGUUUAUCUGGGCUAGAGCCGUGCUCUCAAUGUCCGCUGCAUCAUUACCAGCCAGCUUUGGGACAGCAGAGAUGUCUACAAUGUUCCAACGAGACAGCCACGAGCAACGAAGGUCAAGCUGCAGAAUCAGCAUGUGAAGCUGUAGUCUGCAGUGCGAAGCAAUGUGAGAACAAGGCUGAAUGCGUGGUACGAGAUCAUCGCGCGGUGUGUGAGUGCCGUCCAGGAUUUGUUGGAGAACGAUGUGAGCUGAAUGAACCAGUUUGUGAGUCAAAACCGUGCUUCAAUGGUGGUUCCUGUGAGGCGAUCGCUGGGACAUUUAGAUGCAUUUGUCCUCAAAAUUUCACUGGGACCCGCUGUCAAUUUGGAGUUGAUGAAUGUAUUGGCGUAUCUUGUCCCAAUGGUGGGGUAUGUCAUGAUCUACCAGGUCCUAAUACAACAAAGUGCUUGUGCAGAACUGGUUUCUCCGGCGCAGACUGUGCUGAGAUCGAAGAUAUAUGCUCCUCGGCAAAUCCAUGCCACAAUGGAGCUGACUGCAUUCCAUUGAAAUUGGGAAGAUUCAAAUGCAGGUGCUUGCCGGGAUGGGAAGGUCCCACUUGUGAGAUCAAUAUCGCUUUCACCACUUUGGUUACCAAAAAUGCGUCUGACCUUUUGCCUGAAGGUUGUUUGAUUGCAAAAGUGUGCUCAACUGGUACUUUUGUCAGCUAG